CUCCAACGAAGAGGAGCUCGGCUCGGCAGUCAAGUAGUGAGCCGAGUAAUCGACGAUAAAUGACAGAAUCCUUGAAGUGCAGAAGUUUCUUCUUCAAUCUUCCUCGAGGACGGUGAAUAUUCUAAGUAAAGGACGAAAGAGCACCGCAAUGUCUGACGAAGAGCCAGUCAAACUAACGUUGCGGGGAAGCCCCCGAGAGAUCGGUAUCAAGCAUGGCCAGUUAUUGAAAGACCAGAUUCACAGUCAAAUGCGCAUCUACGAAAGCAUGUUCGAAUACACCUCAAAGCUCUCCUGGCAAGAAGUCCGCGAAGUCGCCAAGGAAUUUCUACCUUCUCUUCAAAACCUGACACCUCAUUUACUUACUGAGAUGGAAGGAAUUGCGGAGGGAGCGGAGGUUGACAUACUCGAUAUUGUGGCUCUGAACUGUCGAAGCGAAAUCGCCCUCGGCAAGUUCUCCGAUGGGUGCACAACACUGUGCUGGAAGAAGAGCGACAAUGUUCGUGUUCUGUCGCAGAACUGGGACUGGACUGCAACUGUGAAGAAGAACCUGGCCAUGGUAUCUAUUGAGCAGCCUGAUAAGCCUACGAUAUACAUGGUCACUGAGGCAGGAAUCAUCGGCAAGAUCGGAUUCAAUUCCGCCGCCGUGGGGACAUGCCUGAAUGCCAUUCGGGCUAAACCGAUGAUUAGCAGCAAGCUGCCAAUCCACGUCGCACUGAGACUAUGUCUGGAGAGUACCUCUGUCGCCGAGGCUGUCGACACACUCGAGAGACUUGGCGGCGUUGCGUCUGCUCAGCAUAUCUUGGUCGCAGACAGCACAACAGCCCUGGGGCUCGAAUUGUCUCCAGUCGGCAACAAAUAUAUCCCCGAGGACGCAUCUGGGCUGAUAGGACAUACCAACCAUUUCAUCGAAAACCGAUACGUAGAAGAGCCCCCGUGGCUGUCUGGAUCGCCGAUUCGACUCAAGCGGCUGAGUGAUCUCACAAAAGAGCUUAUAUCUAACGGGGUGAAGGGAGAUGCCAUUUCUCCUGCCUUGUUACGAGAACAGAUUUUCUCGGAUUCUUAUAAUGCUCCGCAGGCAAUCGCCUGCCAGGAAGAUGAAUCUCGCCAUAUCUCAACACGUAGUAGUUCAUUGUUCAACAUUAUCAUGAAUUUGGACACUCAGAAUCUAGGUGCUGAGGUAGUCUGGGGUCGUCCAUGUUCGGGGGAAGAGGGACCUGUUCUUAAGAUGCCCUGGUAG